GAGUGCGUGAAGAUUCUGAUCCAGCGGGGAGCGGACGUGGACCUGGCUGACAACGAGGGCAUCACCCCGCUGCAUUACGCUGCUCUCUCCCAGUCAUUUGCAAACUUGAAGCUGCUGCUGGAGGCUGGCGCGCAGAUCAACUCAUACGACAAAGUGAACGGCUGUUCGCCACUCCAUGACGCCUGCUAUGGCGGAGAUCUCAAAUGCGUGGACGCUCAUCUCGAUAUAUCUGCACCUCCCUCAUGCGUUGCUUGUUCGCAGGGUGCGGUCGCGCUUCACUAUGCAGCGCAGGAGAACAAGGCAGAUGUUGUUCUUUUUCUUCUUAAGAAUGGAGCCAAGGUUAACCUCCAAGAUUGCAAGGGCUGCACUGCUCUGCACUACGCUGCUUACAACGGAGCUGUGGAUGCCGCGAAGAUCCUGUUGAGAUACAAAGCUUGCACGGACACCAAGGUGAGAUGGGAAGGCGCGCUGGGAGACGUUGAGAUUCGGUGGGGGAGGAGGAGGACUCACGAUACGUGGCAGAUGAAUCAGGGAUACACCCCGCUGCAAGUGGCUCAGGAUAUGUGCGCGAAGAAAGAUAAGGAGCAGAUGGAAAGUCUGCUGAAGAAUGGAAAUCCCAAGGCGGAUGGCUGCGUGAUCUGUUAA